AUGCCAAGCCCUGACCUGACCUCCUCUUCAGGUUAUGGCGACAUCGCAUGCGUUACGGUAGCUGGACGGAUACUUACCGUAAUCUAUUCAUGUAUUGGUAUACCAUUGAUGCUCAUCACGCUAAACGAUCUUGGGAAAUUCUUGUAUAACAACAUAAACGGAUGUGUCAAGAACAUCGAGGAUUUCGGCACGUACUUAGGUGUGCUUCGAUUGUGUGGAACAAAAGAGAAGAAGAUCGAUAAUGUGGAUAUGCUAGAGCGAGGAGAGACAGCUCUAGAUAUCUCUUCAAUAGCUUCCGAGAUUGGAAGCCUUCCUUCAAUUGGCGAUAUUGAAGAAGAUGAGGAACCAAAACAGCCCAGGAUGAGUGUCAAGGUUGCCCUUGGUAUAACUAUUGGUUGGAUAUUUUUUUGUUCUGGACUUUUCCGACUUUGGGAAGAUUGGAGCUAUGGUGAAAGCUGUUAUUUCAUGUUUAUAAGUCUGUCUACAAUUGGUUUGGGUGAUAUAUCAGUUGCUAGGAGAGAUAUGAUGGUGCUUUGCUUUGUUUUUGUAAUCAUUGGUCUUUCUCUGGUCAGUAUGAGUAUAAAUGUUGUGCAGGUAAGGAAGGUUGCUGAUAACUUAGAUUACCGGAUUAUGUUCAUAUCUCAUAACCAUUUUCAAACAUCUAUUCUCCAUGUCCUUAAGCUGGAGCAAUUUGCUCCAAACUGUUCCAAAGUAUGAAU